CUGGCAGGCCGACCUGCAGGACCCCGGGCUCAGCUGGGUUCUGUUCCCAUGUUGCAUUUCCAAGGUCCGCUGCGUCCGAGCCCUGCCUGGGUCUGGCUGCUGCCCGCACGCUCUGUGCUGUGCUGUGCUGAUGCAGAGAUGCUUGUUUUCCUGUGACGUCAGCGUCAGCUCCACAUCCAUGCCGUGUUUUAGUUUGUGCCUCAGCUGCUGGCUACAGCUUCCCGGGGGAGCCGGGUACCACCCGGGCCUGGAGACAUGAGGAGGCAGGGAUGUGAGGGGCGGGGGACAGGACAGCCGGCCUUCCGUUAAAUAUCUGCUCCUGGCGCUCGAGCCUCCCUGCCUAUUGUCGGGCCGGAGGCGAGCCGACAGCAUCAGCUCGCCAAAGGGAAGGAAGAUGCCUCCCCGCACGCCCGCCGCGCACAGAGCAUAAAGAAUCUGCGCGGAGGAGGCAGGAGAAGAAAGCCGGAGAGGCGCCGCUGGCCUGUGUCUUCUGCAGGGACAGGGAGCGGCUGUGGCCGGGAGGUGUUGGCGGCUGUGCUUCAGCCCCGGCCCCAGCUCCAGCUCUUGCAGUUGCUGGCGUCUCUAAGGCCCAUCCUGAGGUGGCCUGGAGACUGCUGAGUUACUUCUGGAAUCUGCACCAUGGAAGUGAAACCUGGACUGUGAUACGAGGCUGAAUCCAUCUACCGCCGGGGAGCCAGAAGAUGGAGGAAGCUGUACCGUGCCAACGGCCAUCUCUUCCAAGCCAAGCGCUUUAACAGGAGAGCAUACUGCGGUCAGUGCAGCGAGAGGAUAUGGGGCCUCGCGAGGCAAGGCUACAGGUGCAUCAACUGCAAACUGCUGGUCCAUAAGCGCUGCCACGGCCUCGUCCCGCUGACCUGCAGGAAGCAUAUGGAUUCUGUCAUGCCUUCCCAAGAGCCUUCAGUAGAUGACAAGAACGAGGACGCCGACCUUCCUUCCGAGGAGACAGAUGGAAUUGCUUACAUUUCCUCAUCCCGGAAACAUGACAGCAUUAAAGACGACUCUGAGGACCUUCAGCCAGUUAUCGAUGGGAUGGACGGAAUCAAAAUCUCUCAGGGGCUCGGGCUGCAGGACUUCGACCUCAUCCGAGUCAUAGGGCGCGGGAGCUACGCCAAGGUUCUCCUGGUGCGGUUGAAGAAGAAUGACCAAAUUUACGCCAUGAAAGUGGUGAAGAAAGAGCUGGUGCACGACGACGAGGAUAUUGACUGGGUACAGACAGAGAAGCACGUGUUUGAGCAGGCAUCCAGCAACCCCUUCCUGGUCGGAUUACACUCCUGCUUCCAGACGACAAGUCGCCUCCGACGCCUCUCUCCCUGCAGCCUGUUCCUGGUCAUUGAGUACGUCAACGGCGGGGACCUGAUGUUCCACAUGCAGAGGCAGAGGAAGCUCCCCGAGGAGCACGCCAGGUUCUACGCGGCCGAGAUCUGCAUCGCCCUCAACUUCCUACACGAGAGGGGGAUCAUCUACCGGGACCUAAAGCUGGACAACGUCCUCCUGGACGCGGACGGGCACAUCAAGCUCACGGACUACGGCAUGUGCAAGGAAGGCCUGGGCCCUGGCGACACAACGAGCACUUUCUGCGGAACCCCGAAUUACAUCGCCCCCGAAAUCCUGCGGGGAGAGGAGUACGGGUUCAGCGUGGACUGGUGGGCACUGGGCGUCCUCAUGUUUGAGAUGAUGGCCGGGCGCUCCCCCUUCGACAUCAUCACUGACAACCCGGACAUGAACACAGAGGACUACCUGUUCCAAGUGAUCCUGGAGAAGCCCAUCCGGAUCCCCCGGUUCCUGUCCGUCAAAGCCUCCCAUGUUUUAAAAGGAUUUUUAAAUAAGGACCCCAAAGAGAGGCUCGGCUGCCGGCCACAGACUGGAUUUUCAGACAUCAAGUCCCACGCGUUCUUCCGCAGCAUAGACUGGGACUUGCUGGAGAAGAAGCAGGCCCUCCCUCCAUUCCAGCCCCAGAUCACGGACGACUACGGUCUGGACAACUUUGACACACAGUUCACCAGCGAGCCCGUGCAGCUGACCCCAGACGAUGAGGAUGCCAUAAAGAGGAUCGACCAGUCGGAGUUCGAAGGCUUCGAGUACAUCAACCCAUUACUGCUGUCCACCGAAGAGUCGGUGUGAGGCCGCCGCGUCUCUGUCGUGGACACGCGUGAUUGACCCUUUAACUGUAUCCUUAACCACCGCAUAUGCAUGCCAGGCUGGGCACGGCUCCGAGGGCGGCCAGGGACAGACGCUUGCGCCGAGACCGCGGAGGGAAGCGUCGGCAGGCGCUGCUGGGAGCAGAACAGUCCCUCACACCUGGGCCCGGGCAGGCCAGCUUCGUGCUGGAGGAACUUGCUGCCGAGCCUGUGUCGCGGUGGGCCGCGGGGACCCUGCUGAGGGGCUGUCAUGCAGUUUCCAAGGUGCACAUUUUCCACGGAAACAGAACUCGAUGCACUGACCUGCCCCGCCAGGAAAGGGAGCGUGUAGCGUCCUGAGGAAUAAAAGUUCCGAUGAUGUGGAA